ACUCUGGCGGUUCUGCCUGGCACUAGCCUGUCAACGAGUGUCCGUCGCGGAUGAAUGUUUUAUAAAGAGAUUGCGGGGAAGUUUCGGUCGCGGCUGGUCGUAUGUAAUCGGAACGUAGCAGUUCGGCGAGAUGACCGAGUGACUCGGGCGCGAGUGAGGUGAGCUUUGUACAACGAGGUACGUGAUAGAGAGAGAGAGAGGGAGAGAAAAAGCGAGGAAGAGGAAGCUGCGGUUAAUCGAACUCGACGAGUUUCCUACGUGCCGUUUUCACCCGUCGCAUCGCCUGCCGAUUUUACGCGACACGCGCACGCAUUCGCAGCGCACAGUACUUAGGUACCUGGCUAAACCCGUAUUGUCUCGUUUCGAUCAACAUGCGGUUGUAAACGCACGGCGAUGACGCGUCGCGCGACUACGACGAUCACAAGUUAUCAUCAUAGCAAGUUGUUGAAACAGUUUGUUAAAGCCGCCGCGUGUCACAGGCUCAGGUGAUAUUAGCAUGGUGUUUAUCAAUUGUGAUACCCUCAUCAACCACCGACUGGAUUCGAGGUGACUGAUAUUUACCCACCCAGGAACUACACAACGCGCCAUGAGACGCAUCAGCGUGGGCGGCAUGAACCGACCUUCGAAAGCAGUGGCCCAAGUUAAAAAGGUUGCUCCACCAGCCGUCCCGGACGUCUUCCGACACUCCGGUUCGUCUUUUGGUUCCGCGGGAUAUGCGAGCAGCGAAGAUGGCGGCUUCUUGUCGGGGAGCGGGGGCGGCGGGGACGACGGAUCCUACGGAAUGCCGGCCGGAAAGAGUCCCGGGCCGAUUUUCACCCAUCCUGGAUUCGCCUUCCCCCCCGUCGUCGGGAAGUACGCCCAUGCCGAGGAUCAGGGUAUCGACAUGACUCAAAGUCCGGGCAGAGACAGUCCCGGCAGUUCUGGGUCAGGCUCUGGUUCGAGACACUCCACCGCUUCCCUCGAUUCCGGAAGAGCUUCCGGUUAUCACCUGGGUCCCAGAGGACCAGGGGCCCUGGCCUCCUCGCCGCGGUGCUCGAUCAGUUCGCUGGGAAGUCAUCCGGAUCGGCCAGCAGAUCUCGACGUGGUCCACGCCUGGCUUACCGAACUCCAGUUCGAGGAGUACUUUACUUUAUUCGCUUCGGCGGGAUAUGAUCUUGCUACCAUAACCCGAAUGACCCCGGAGGAUCUCACAGCUAUAGGUAUUAAGAAACCGAAUCACCGAAAGCGACUUAAAGCAGAAAUCGAUAAUUUAAACGUCGGUGAUGGUUUGCCGGAGCAUGUACCUGGCUCGCUUGAAGAAUGGUUGAGACUUUUAAGACUAGAAGAAUAUUUGGGUGCACUACAGCAGCAAGGCAUGCGCUCAGUUGAAGAUGUAACGACUCUGACUUGGGAAGACCUCGAGGACAUCGGUAUUGUCAGGCUCGGUCACCAAAAGCGACUUCUCCUCGCUAUUAAGCGGGUAAAAGACAUACGUGCUGGUAAACGCAUACAGCCUCUUGAUCUUGCUCGUCUUCCACCGCACCCUGGUCACACACAGGAUGUUGUUAUCCAACGUGGUGGACCAGAUUUGCCGUCCCCUGAUGAAGACUGCUCGUCGCCGGUACUCAGGUCGUUUCAGAGAGGAAACGAGGUGAAUUCGACUUCGACGUGGCGAAGCAUGUAUGCUGCUAUGCCUCAGAGUUUAGACUACACAGUAGCAAGGACCGGGCCUCGGGGCAAAUCCCUUGAGAGCCUCGAAGAUGCUCCUCUUAGUUAUCCACCUUCGCCUACCCACGUUCAACCGACUCAAACUGAGUGGCGACCUCGCAGCUAUGAAGAUGGUGAUUUGACACCCACUAAUGAAGCAGCGAUAGAAGCUGGUGGCGGCACUCUUCCCAGACCAAGACACUGUCUGGUACGUCCGCGACCCAUCGCUAAGGUCACCGCCACUCCUGGACAGUUUAAAUCGUUGCCACGUGAUUUUGAUAACAAAUACCAACUUACUUACGGGCUUGAGAGCAGCCCCCAUUUACCGAAACGUCGACCACCGUCGCCACCGCGACGCCAGAGUUCCCGUGAAAUUGGGACAGCAGUUGGCGGAGGAGCGGGAGAUGUUGUGAUAGAUUGUAGCGGUCCUGUUCCAACAGCUUCCUGCGAUGAAAUGAUUCCACCACCGCCGGCUCCAGCACCUGCCCAAUCCGCCCAGUCACAACAACUCCGAUCACACUCCUCCAUGUCACGAUCCUGGGGCAGCGUAGGUGUUAGUGUCAAUGAAGAACACGAGUUGAUUGCGUCUCUCGCCCUGCAACACCGCAACGGAUCUGACGCUAGUUUUAAGUCAAGUUCGAGCACUGAAUCAGACUCCUUACCGUUUGCGAACGAAAAUGCAGGGACAAUAAAACAGAGAGCAGCGAGAGCACAGGAUUACACAAGUCCUCCGAUGGGUGGCAUGAUGGGACAUCAUCAUUCUGGUACGGGAACUGGUCAAGAGACUGGGGAUGUCUUGAACGACAUCGGGAACAUGCUUGCCAAUCUUACAGACGAGCUAGACGCCAUGCUUGAAGAGGAGAAACGUCAGGGCCUCAAUCCCUAAUUACUGCCUUUGCCCGCUACUGCUAUUCGCUCGUAGCGCAAUUAUUGUUGCCAUAGCGAUGAAGAUAAUUGAAUGAAUUUAUUUAAUACGAGACAUUCCCUCUGACAACCAAGACCUGUGCGCACGUGAAUUAAGGAUAAGGAGGAGACGUGGCUUAUCUAACUAUUGAAACUACCGUAUUAUAUCAAUUAAAAAUGGCACAAAUUCAAGAUCAGUCAAUAAGGCAGUUCUCGAUGUUUAGGUAUCUAGUUUUAUUGAAACCCGUUUGUAAGGUAUAUCGCUCCUAUAGAUAGCAUAUGGUAAUGAGAGUACUUGACUUAUUUCGUUGAUCAAAUCGUUAAUUCCAGUUCAUAAAAUGCAAAACCAUUUCAGCUUCGUAUUUCAAUUUUAGUUGAACGAAUUUGAAGUAUGACCCGCAUUUCAAUAUAAACACGUGCUAGUUAAUCUAUUUAUACAAAAAAGGAAUCCUCGAAAUGAUUUCGAAUAUUUAGUUUACCACAGUUAUACUAAUUUGAGAUAUGUAAUCGUUAAAAUUACUUCUAUCAGUUACUCAACACGACGUUCUGUUGAUAUUUGAAUAAUUUUACUAGUAUUCUAGUUAUGUCUGUCUAAUCUCAAUGAAAUGCUGAUUGAAUGUUUCUAUAGAAAUGUUGUAAAUCGAGUUGCUACUAUAAUGAAGAACAGUAUGAGUUGAUAAACUAGGUACAUUUACAUGAAUUGAAAACGCACUAACAUUAUUUAUUGCUUACAGUAAUAUUAUAUAUAGAUAGUUACGUAAUAAUGUAUAACGGUUAUUAUUGUAUAUGGCAAUAACAAUGUUAAUAUAAUAUUACUGUAAUACUAUGAUUUAAAAAAUUAACAAACAGAAGAAUAAAGAAACCAACGUGCCGCAACUCCUUUUCUCUUUUAUACGUGCUACGAAACUGUAAAGAAACGCGCACAGUGGUCUCUACAAUUACGCUGUGCUGUGCCCACACACUACUUAAGAAUUAUUUACUUAACUCUUAAGAUUAUUCAAGUACAGAAAAAACGGACCUGAUCAACUCAGGCCAUGGACUUGUCUUGUUAACUACUAUAGGUGUAUAGUUACAUAUAGAUGUUAUUGGCAAGCAGUGAUUUUGAGUUUUGUACUGACUCACUAUGACUAUGGCCAUGUUUGCUUUUAUUCCUCUUUUCUAUGAACGUUGUUUCUUUUCCAGCAUUUUAUUUUCUUUUAUUUUUACUGUCGAUAACUUUGGAUAUGGAUUUACAUGUUAGUAUUCAAAUGAUAAUCCAAAAAGGCUAUUUUAGCUAACGGCGGCUAUAUUUUGAUGUUUAUUGAACACCAAAUCAACGAUGAAUUUUACUGUUUACAUAUACAUAUACAAUUACAGAUUUAUUUACACUAUAUAAGAAGUAUCUCUAUCGAUGAAUGUCAGAAGUUUUAUUAUAAGUUCCUAGCCAUUUAUACAUAAAUAUGUAUGUAGGUAAUAUAAAAAAUUGUUAUGUAUACAUUAUUGUACGAAGAAAUCUUUCCCCUUAUUGGAAUAUUUACCUACUUCUCGUGCCGCUAUUUCUUGCAUUGAUUUAAUAACACGUAUAGCACGUAUGAAUACGUAUAUUACUAUUAAUUAGUCGAUAUUUUAGUAAGUGAUGGUGAUUACAUCGAAUUAAUGGUGUGGAUAUACCUAUUUGCCGCGUGGAACUUUUAAAUAAUUCAGUGACAGGUUGCGUAGAGUACUUACCGAUCACUACUUGCCUGUGACAUAUACAUAUUAUAUAUAUAAAUAUAUAUUAUACUAGUUAUAGUUUUUGUACAAAGGUAUGCGCCGAUCUGUCUCGCUUGGCGAGCUGUGCGUCCGCCUAAGCUGUAUUGUACACCCCUCCCCCCCUUCCAUGUUGGUUUAAUAUGCAUUAAAUAUAACAUUAUAAUGAA